CUGAGUCUGCUGAACGCGACCGAUCCGUGAGAUUGCGCGGAAUCAGAAGAGAUCGGUUGCACUGCGAUUAGUCGUACGCACUUACGCAGUGCAAGUGCAACGUAGUGCGCGCCAAAUACGUUGAUAAUUCGAAAUAAUGGAAAAUAAAACGGCGAGGGAGAAAGAGCUAGGAGAGAUAGAGAGGUAUAUUGUGCCGAUAUAUGUGAAUGUUAUCAGACAUGAUAACACUGACGCACCUGUAUUAUUAAUGUUGUUAUUGUCCAUUUUGCCAUUAUCACUAGCGCCCCAAGUACCACAACGGGCUCAAGGAAGAUGUAGGCGGCUGGUGGACGCGGCCAGACGCAUUGUUACGACGUGCGGUGGAGCGCGGAUUUGCUUCGUUUCACGGUUAACAAGCAAGUGAUAUUUCUUUGUUGCUGGAAGGUGCACGGAAAUCGUGAGGACUGAUACAAUCGAAGCUCAGUUAUUAGCAAGAGAGCGAUGUGAUGCGGAAUCAACGUCGGCUGUGGCCGAGGCCGCAACCAGCCGGUUAGGUUAGGUGUCUUGUCAGUGUGACGUUGAGAAAAAAAUUACAAGCCUCGCUUAUCGCUGAUUUGACACCUGCUUACGUGAGUUUGGCCUCGCGCUCGUGCAUUCUUUGCUGCCUUCUUAUACAACUCUUAUAAAACAAGCUUGUGGACGCAUGAAAGUUUUCUUUUUCCACCUGGGAUAAACGUAUAAAUGCAAUGUGAAAGUAAAGGUAAAGAAAAGAAGCCAAGAUGAGCUGUUCUGUAGAAUUACGCCAGCGUAGGCAACAGGGGAUGGCGGAGGAUCCUCAUAAACUCGCGGCGAUGAUGAAUAAAUCUCAAAGACUUGUACUAGGACUUUUAGUUCUAUUGCUGGUCGAUAUAAUUUGGGUUUCCAGUUCUGAGCUUACCAAAUACAUCUACAGGGAUGAAACGUUUGAAAGGCCAUUUUUUAGUACAUAUGUAAGAACAUCUAUGUUUACAUUUUAUUUGCUUGGCCUGUGCUUUUGGCCACCCUGGCGGGAACAAUGUAAUAAGCCUGCAACAUAUAUGUUUAUAGAUCCUAAUGUUGAAGAUGAUAACUUUUAUUCGGAGGCUAAUACAAGUCUCAGUGAUCCAACGUUUGUUCCAAUAAAAACACCGGAUCAUUGUGAUCGUUCAUCAGGAACAGAAAGUGACGAUUCGUCUAUUCGCUCUGUACGAUUCAGCAAACUGGCGGAAGUGCGCCAUAUGUCCGAAAGUGAUGCCACCGAGGCUUUAUUGGCACGACUUAGUUAUCAAGCCAGUGUCAGAGCUGGAGAACAAGCGAGACGACAAGCUAACAAAUUCUCUGUACAAAAAGUGGCUAAGAUAGCUCUUAUGUUUUGCUUAUUUUGGUUCAUGGCAAAUUAUACAUACCAGAUGUCAUUGGAGCAAACCCCAGCUAGAAUUGUUACUGUAUUGUCUUCAACGUCCAGUUUAUUCACUUUAUUUCUUGCUGCUUCUUUUCCCAGUAAUGGAGGAGACAAAUUUACGCUGUCCAAAUUAGCUGCUGUGAUAGUUAGUAUUUUCGGACUGGUACUGGUCGGUAUUUCGGAUUUAACUAUAGAAAGUAAUAAUAUGUCAACGGGCAUAAUAUUAGCUCUAGUCAGUGCUUUUUUCUAUGCUGCAUACAUUGUAUUUUUAAAAAGAAAAGUAGAUCACGAAGACAAGAUGGAUAUACCAAUGUUUUUUGGCUUUGUGGGAAUAUUCAAUUUAACACUUCUGUGGCCUUUAUUCUUCAUUCUUCAUUAUGGUCAUUGGGAAGAGUUUGAAUGGCCCAAUAGCCACCAGUGGACAUUUCUAAUUAUAAACGGUCUAAUUGGUACUGUUCUGAGCCAAGUUCUUUGGCUAUGGGGUUGUUUUUUGACAUCAUCUCUCGUAGCAACAAUGGCUGUAAGCUUAACAAUGCCCAUGUCAAUGGUAGCCGAUGUCCUCUUGAAAAAAGUUGAAUACCCUUGUAUUUUCUAUUUAGGAAGUAUUCCAAUGCUUUUAGCAUUCCUGACAGUAUCUCUUUUAUCUUAUUACGACAAUUGGGAUCCUGUUAUGGAUUUAAUUAAAAGAUUUUUCAUCUGGAUAUGCAGAAAAAACAACAGAUCUACAAGGAUCCCAGAUCUUGAAGCAGAGCAAACGGAAUCUUUAAUAGGAAUAGACAGUGGUGAUCAUGAAGCUUAACAAGACAAUAAUGAGAGAAUUGAAAAUAAAACAUUCGUGUGGGUUACAUACAUCAUUGUAAUGACAUCUUAAUUAACAAGCACACAUUUCUCAGUAAGUACGUGCCUCUAUCGGCCGUAAAUACCCACUUUCAUUUAAAUCGUCUUAAGUUUUAUAUCUUAUUGUGUGCAAUAAUGAUUAUCACAGAGUCUCUUACUUUUUCUACGCGAAUGUAUCGCUUUAUUUCAUACUAACAUCACAAAAUGAUAUUACUGCCGGACAAUAACGAUUGCGAGUCAAUUUACGACGAACGCAAUUAACAUGCUUUAUUUGUUCGAGCUCAUUAUGCAUUUCUGAAGCUACCUCUUUUUACAUUUCUUACCAAUUUAUUCUGCAAAUGAAUGUGGCUUUCAUAAACUGUGCCACCAAGAUCUGGUAAUAACAUAAUAAUUGUUAUUUCGAGACUAUGCGUCUUUUGGAUCUUGCGUUAUAUCUUAUCCUAUAACUGGAUUCGCAAAGAACCAGAAAUUCAGUGUCUUUACCAAAAUCUGUAUAUACUAUAUAUAAUAGAGAGUUAAUGAAAAUCAAAGAAAUAUUCCUUCAUAAGACUACUUUUCACUAAACGUAAUAUUUUUUAUGCUAUUAAAGCUUUAUAACACGAUGAUUAAUGAAUGAAUAACUUAUUAACAAAGGCAAAUGGCACUCUGCUACGUACUAAAAGUAACGUUUUCAUAACGGAGCACCAGUGCGUUCUGUACUUAUUAUUUUUAGUAUUUGGCUGAUUUUAGACGAAGUAUUAUAAAUGAGAUAGUUUUACUAAGGAUUACAUAGUGAGGAAAGAGAGUGCUAUAAAGCUUUGGACCAAUAAAAAUUUGAUGAUAGUAAAAUGAAGAGUAAGUACUCAUUCAUAGAGAGUAGAAACUCAAUAACAUGAGAUCAAAGUUUUAUAUAUUCGGCGAGAACAAUGAUUCAUUUACAUUUCAAAUGUCUAGUCUAGUCAUGACACAUCUCCAUUCGGCUCACAUUCCGCUACUAAACAUGAUUUAAUUUCGGGAUUUAAUUCGGUUGUUACAACUGAAAUGAUUUAUGUUUAAUUUUUCUUCCGCUUCGAUACGCACAAGUUUUAUCACUAUGUGUUCAAAUAUUAACAAGCUGUAGAUAAAAUACACAAAUAAAAUGAGUAUCGUAAACUGCGAUGUAAAAUGUUUACUGAUUUUAAAAUUAUGUAACAGAUUUGUUAAUUAUUCGAAAAAAUGGACGCGUAAAAUUUGUGAGAUGGAAUAUGGUACACUUAUGUGCUGUCCCACCGUAGUCAUAAAACUUAAACUUCACAUCUCUUAUUCACGGUACACGAUUGGAAAUCGAAACGUUCAUAUCCUUUUGAAGAAUUGAUAUACAUCUCGACUGAUCUCAUUCAAUUAAGCGGCGCAUUACGCUACGUCGUAUUUUUAUUAAAAAUGUUACAAUUUCUGACUUUGUGUAAAAUGUCUUUAAAAAUUGUAUGCAUAUAUAUCUACGCUAGAGUACAGCAUUGGGACAAUUUGAGCAGCGGGGUAAUUUGUGUAAAAAGACAAAGAAUACACACAUAUUUCAAAGAGAAAACAUAUUUGUAAGAAAGCAACAUCUUUGA